AUGACUAUAAAAGAACUAGAAGAAUUAAUAAAAAGCAAAGGUACUUAUAUAUCGGUUAAUACGUUUUUAUCAACAACUCGUAAUCAAAAUUUGGCUUUUGUCUAUUCUGGAGGUUCUGAAAAUACUGAUCCAUCAAAAGCAUCUGUUAUGUUAGAUAUUGAAGCGAACACACAACUGCAAGGUGCUAAACCAUUUGCCUCAAUUGCUCAUCUUAGUACGUUUGGAGCUCAAGAAGAAGAGGUUUUGUUUAUGAUUGGGAGUAUAUUUAAAAUAGUUGACAUUACCAGAGAUGAGAACAACAAAAUGUGGGUUAUUAAAUUAAUGUUAGUCAAUGAAGAAGCAAACGAUCUUAAACCAUUAUUCGAAACGAUGAAGAAAAAUAAUAUUGCACAAGACACAGAUCUUGUAUCACUUGGAAACAUCUUCUCAAGAAUGGGAAAAUUUAAUGAAGCCGAGAAGUAUUAUAGAGAACUGCUGAAAGCAUUGCCACAGGACGAUCCCAAUGCCCCAAAAUGUUAUGGUGCUCUUGGAGAUCUAUUUGCAGCUCAAGAUAAUCAUCAUAACGCUUAUUCAUAUCAUACGAAAGCUCUCGAAUUAGAAGUAAAAAGGAACUCGCCAGAUCAGCUCUCGAUUGCCGUUUUAUGCCUGAAUCACGGUACUGCCUUGUUAGACAAAACAAUUUUUGGAGAAGCGCUAGUGAAUCUCACUGAAGCUUUGCAUUCGCACUUACAAACACUCGGAGAUGAUCAUUUAGAUACAGCCAAAGUCUACGGCGAUAUUGCUGCAGCAUAUUUCGAGCAGAAGAACUAUGAUGCAGCUCUCUCAGCUUAUAGCGAAGCAUUACAGAUUCAAUCAAAACAACUUCCAGAAGAUCAUCCUGAUAUCGCAGUAACGCUACAUAACAUGGGAAAUGUACAUCGAGAUAAGAAACAAAAUGACUUAGCAAUGAGUUGCUAUGUGAAAGCUUUAUCUAUACGUCUGAAAAUCAUCCCUGAUCAUCCUUAUACGGCUGACACAUACAGGGCAAUUGGCUUUUUGCAUGAGUUCGUUUUUGGAAAUCAUUCUGAAGCGUUAAAUAAUUUAGAGAAAGCGUUUGAAAUAUACAAAACUACUGGUUCAUGGUCAGAUCCCAAAGAAAUGGCUAGAAUGUUUCAUGCCAUGGGAUUAGUGUACCGUAUGAAGGAGAAUUACACAGCAGCAAUUUAUAAUUGCAAAAUGGGUCUAGCUAUGCAAUUAGAAAUAACGCCGAAAGAUAUAGAGACUGCAUAUAUCUACAACAAUUUGGGUUUGGCGCUUCUAAAAGGACCUCACAAUGUUCCUGAAGCGAUGACAAAUUUUGAAAAUGCGUUACGAAUACUUCAGGAGAUACUACCUUCAAAUCAUCCCGAUAUAGCAAGAACAAUGGUGAAUAUGGGUUCAGCGCAAGAAACUAUCAAAGAGUUUAAGUUUGCUCUGAUAAAUUAUCAGAAGGCAUUAUUAAUCUUAUUGACAUCCGCUCCCAGUCAUGUUGAUACAGCUAGGGUAUACACUUUAAUUGGUGCAUUAUACCAAGAUGCCUUUUUAGACUCAGACAUAGCAUUAAGUAAUUAUGAGAAAGCACUAGAAAUAUAUCAAAGUGCACUACCAGCCGCUCCUUUAGACAUAUUGGAAUCUUUAUUAUUAAAAACUGGUGACCUAUAUCUAGAAAAAGGAAGCUAUACACUGGCUCUCAAAAACUUCAGAAGAGCCUUGGCUAUUCAGUUGCCGAACAUCAAAAAUCAUAUACAGACUGCUAUCACCUACAAUAACAUAGGCUAUGCGCUUCAAAUUGGUUUUCGAUGCAAUUUUGCGGCAUUAAUCAGCUAUCAACAAGCUUUUAGAGUCUCUCAAGAUGACUUGUCACCAUCAAUGCAAAUGUAUUCGACGAAGAUUCAAAGUAACAUUGAGGAAGUUAAAGGGCUCUUAGCAAAAAGAAAAUCAAAUUGGUUUUGAUAAAAGUUCGGUGGAAAAGACCUUAGCUAGUGUCAAUUGAUAAACAAACCGACCUAUCUCCUAACGAAAAAAGAGGUUCAAUCUGACAAGUUCAACUCUUUUUCCUGUCACCCAUGAACCUAGUCGAACAUUAAAGGCUGAGGG